UUAAACUAAAGUUAUCCACAAUAUUAAUUACAUAUCCGCACGCGGCUCGUUCCCGUCUUCCCGCCCUCUCUUCCGCACGGCUCCUUCUCCUUCUCUCCUGCACGUCUCUUUCCGGCGGCCACUGCUUCAGAGCUUCUUUCCGGGUUAGCAACCAAGUUUGGACCAGGAUGGUGUUUGUUUCUGGGUUGCAAGCAAGUUCAGGUUUGGUGCAUUGGCAUCCUAAACUGCCAUUCAAGGGUGAAAGAUAUGAUUCUGCCAGAUUUAGUGGCUGCAAUGCCUUCCAACUACCAGCUAGAAUGAUCCAUAGAGCAAGGAUCCAAUAUUCUCGUCCAGAGCAUUUUGGCACCAGAUAUGCAAUGUCUGGAGGAAGAAGUGGAGAAAGAAUUCAACAUCAGUUGAGCUCUGGCGAUGACUUGUCUGAGGAGCCCUUUUGGGUCAGUCUGAUUAAGGAUGCCGUGUGGGGCUUGAAAUCUUUAUUUGUAUUUCUGGCUGAGCAACCUAGUCAGCUGAAGUAUAUAGAAUGGCCUGGUCUUCAAAGCACGCUGAAGACUGCUAUCCUCACCCUUGUUCUUGUAGCAGUGCUCAUUGUGGCAGUAUCGUCAGUUGACUCUGCCCUCAGCUACAUGUCGACUUCGAUUCUCAGAAAAACCCCAUAAUUUUCAAGGCUAUUCCCAGAAGUGUAUAUUUCAGGGUAUGACCCUGUUCCUACUUGAAGAUGCUCAUCUGUUCAUCCGAUUGGAUGGAGAAGAGAAAAAAUAAGCAGAAAAUAUCUGGCAUGCCUAUUCAAAACUGGAAAAGCUUGUCAUCUUUGAAAUUUUGUUAUCAGAGCAGUAAUGCAACUUCUCAAUGAAGAAGUAGACUACAUAAAAAGAAUUCAUAAUGUUGCUCCACACCCAUACGUUUUAUUGCUUUUUGAAAAUUUGUGGGAUAUUCAGCUUAAAAUCAGAAGAGAAGCAAAAUGUAACGAAAUACCACCCGAGCUUAUGAUUGAAAUUUGGAAGAUGAUAUUUAAAUUAGAGAUUCUUAAUGGUGAAUCGAAGCCAA